AUGCGGAGUAUGCGGAUAGCUGAAUGCAUUGUAGGAGACGAGACGGGGGUGAUUGUCUUCACCGCACGGAAUGAGCAAGUGGACGUUCUGAAGGAGGGCGCAACAGUAAAUCUCCGCAAUGCAAAGAUUGACAUGUUCCGUGGCUCAAUGCGCCUCGCCGUGGACAAGUGGGGUCUAGUGGAGCCCACAGAAGACGCAUCCUUUAAGCCUAAGGAGGACAAUAACCUCUCUCUUGUUGAAUACGAGCUGGUCAACGUUGUUGAUGAAUAG